ACUGUAACGCAGAUGCUUAACCCGCAGCCUGAGUGUGUUACUGAAUUGUUUUGAAUUAUUUUUAUACCUUAGCCUAGCCGAUCCAAGCAAGCUAACUGACUGGCUAGCUACUUCCUGUCACUGACUGAAGCAUUCGAGUCCACCAAUAUUAUCAACACAGUUGACAGUGCUAAGUUUAUCCGGCAUAAUUUUACAGUUGUUUGUUAUUGCUUGCCAAAGCGAGUUCUUUUGGUAAAUAUCUAGCUAGAUGUCAAGUUAGCUAGCUGCGUGUGUUGUGCUGUCUUGUUUACACUCCCUAGCUAGCUAGAUUAAUAGCUGGCUAGCGUACUGUGGCACGUUUCCUUCCUGUCUGGCUAACUAGCGCUCUGGCUAGUAUGUGGGCUUGCUAACUUAUCUAGUCUUAGAGCUGUGGCGCUCGUGUGAUUUUCCAACAUAGCUACAAAGCAAAGCAGUCAACUGAUUUGCAAGCUAAACUAAUUUCUUAACAUUAUUCUAAUACUCAAGGCUUAAAAAGAAGAAUCUUACAUUAAAACGAAGUUGUAGUUUAGAAACAAGGCAAGGAAUCAAGGAAGACUGGAUGCGAACUUGGCGUCUGUAUUCUUGACAGGGAGUGUGCAGCAGCAGUGGGCCGAGCACAGUGCUGUGGGGGGGGAGAGUGCUCCAGGCUACCAUGGAUGACAGCUCCUCUCUUGGCAAAGUGAGCGGCUCGACAGAAUCGGUGUCCACCGUCACCAGUGAGGAGUUUGUGCUGGUGCAGCCGUCAUCCGGGGGUUCCCCCUCCUCCUCCGAGGGCAAGCCGCGACUCAAGAUGUCCUGGAAUGGGAGUGAGCAGCUGCAGAGAGCGAUGGAGGAGGUGCUGCAGGAUGAGGAGAAGAGGGAAGAAAGCAAAGGAGAAGACCUCCUCGCUGCGGAGACACCCACGUCUCCCCAGCCAAAGACACACGCUCCAAGUCUGGCCUUGGACACCUCCCCUGCAGAGGCGUCGGCGUGCCCGGCUGGCGGGCGGCCGGUCCAGGAGGAGGACAGCGUCCAGUUCAGCAAGCUGUCGUACCUGGGCUGCACCUGGGUGAAGGCCCCGCGCAGCGAGUCGGAGGCCCAGAAGGCCAUGGCCACCCUGCGGGCGGAGAGCGCCGUGCCCAUCCCCGUCACCCUCUACGUGCCCAACGUCCCCGAGGGCUCCGUCAGGAUUGUGGACCAGGCGACUGGGACGGAGAUCGCGUCGUUCCCCAUCUACAAGGUCCUGUUCUGCGCGCGGGGCAAGGACGGGUCGGUGGAGAGCGACUGCUUCUCCUUCACCGAGAGCUACCGCAGCAGCGAGGACUUCCAGAUCCACGUCUUCUCCUGCCACAUCAAGGAGGCCGUGAGCCGGAUAUUGUACAGCUUCUCCACGGCGUUUCGCCGCUCCUCCAAACCUGCGCCGGACGUUAGAGACCCCGCGGCCCCCCUCACCCCCGACAGCGACGUCUUCACCUUCACCGUCUCGCUGGAGGUGCGGGAGGACGACGGCAAGGGCAACUACAGCCCGGUUCCAAAGGACAGGGACAAGCUGUUCUUUAAGCUGCGUCAGGGCGUGCUGAAGAAAGUGAUGGUCACCGUCCAGCAAGUGGACAACAAGGAGCUGAGAAUCGAGAGGUGCUUUGGAAUGUUGCUGAGUCCAGGACAGAAGGUUCGGAACAGUGACAUGCAUCUCCUGGACAUGGAGUCGAUGGGGAAGAGCGCCGACGGAAAGGCCUACGUGAUCACCGGCACCUGGAGCCCCAACACGCCCGCUUUCCAGGUGCUGAAUGAGGACACGCCGAAAGAUAAGCAGGUGUACAUGACGGUGGCCGUGGACCUGGUGGUGACGGAGGUGGUGGAGCCGGUCCGCUUCCUGUUGGAGACGCUCGUGCGGGUCUACCCAGCCAACGAGAGGUUUUGGUACUUCAGCAGGAAGGCCUUCACCGAGACCUUCUACCUCAAACUCAAGCAGGGCACUGAGAAAGACGGGCAGGGAGAUGCGAUGUUUGAAGUGGUGAGCCUGCAGAGACAGACGGAGAAGGCUAACGGAGCUCGUGGGCGUCUGCUGUCCCCCGCCGAGGAAGAGGAGCCAGAGGAAGAUAGCGACAGUGAGAUCUCAAGCGGCACAGGCGACGUGUCCAAGGACUGCCCGGAGAAGAUUCUGGAGUCCUGGGGCGGCAUCCUCAGCAGAUGGCACGGGAACCUGGCGGCGCGGCCCAAGGGCCUGUCCGCGCUGGUGAGGCCGGGGGUCCCCGAAGCGCUGCGGGCCGAGGUCUGGCAGCUCCUGUCCGGCUGCCACAACGACCAGGCCCUGCUGGAGCGCUACCGCAUCCUCAUCACCGAGGACUCCGCCCAGGAAGGGGUGAUCACCAGGGACAUCCACCGCACCUUCCCCGCCCACGACUACUUCAAGGACUCGGACGGCGACGGCCAGGACUCGCUCUACAAGAUAUGUAAGGCCUACUCCGUCUACGACGAGGAGAUCGGAUACUGCCAGGGGCAGUCCUUCCUGGCGGCCGUCCUGCUGCUGCACAUGCCGGAGGAGCAGGCCUUUUGUGUUCUGGUGAAGAUCAUGUAUGAAUACGGCCUGAGAGAUCUGUACAAGAACAACUUCGAGGACCUGCACUGCAAGUUCUACCAACUGGAGAGGCUGCUGCAGGAGCAGCUGCCGGACCUGUGGUCCCACUUCCAGGGGCUGAACCUGGAGGCGCACAUGUACGCCUCGCAGUGGUUCCUCACCCUCUUUACCGCCAAGUUCCCGCUCUGCAUGGUCUUCCACAUCACCGACCUGCUGCUGUGUGAGGGGUUAAGCAUCAUCUUUAAUGUUGCCCUGGCUCUCCUCAAGACCUCCAAGGAGGACCUGCUGCAGGCAGAUUUCGAGGGGGCUCUGAAGUUUUUCCGGGUCCAGCUGCCCAAGCGGUACCGCGCAGCGGAGAACGCCCGGAGACUCAUGGAGCAGGCGUGCAAUAUCAAGGUGCCCACCAAGAAACUGAAGAAGUUUGAGAAGGAGUAUCUGUCUCUGCGAGAGAGCCAGCUUCAACAGGAGGACCCCAUCGACAGGUACCAGAGGGAGAACCGGAGGCUGCAGGAGGCCAGCAUGCGUCUGGAGCAGGAGAACGACGACCUGGCCCACGAGCUGGUCACCAGCAAGAUCGCGCUGAGGAACGACCUGGACCAGGCAGAAGAUAAGGCAGAUGUUCUGAACAAGGAGCUCCUGAACACCAAGCAGCGGCUGGUGGAGACAGAGGAGGAGAAGAGGAGGCAGGAGGAGGAGACCGCACAGCUGAAAGAGGUGUUCAGGAGAGAGCUGGAGAAGGCCGAGUCUGAGAUCAAGAAGACGACGGCCAUCAUUGCAGAGUACAAACAGAUCUGCUCCCAGCUCAGUACCAGGCUAGAGAAGCAGCAGGCUUCCACUAAGGAGGAGCUGGACAUCGUGAAGAGCAAGGUGAUGGCGUGCGAGCGCUGCCGGGAGGUCUUCAGUAAGGAGGGGCCUCUGCAGCUGCCAGCCGUCAGCAGGGAUAACCGGGACACGGACCUGGACGAGGAGAAGGACUCGCUCAAAGCUCAGCUGCGGGAGAUGGAGCUGGAGCUGGCGCAGACCAAGCUGCAGCUGGUGGAGGCUAAGUGCAAGAUCCAGGAGUUGGAGCACCAGAGGGGAGUGCUGAUGAACGAGAUCCAAGCUGCCAAAAACUCCUGGUUCAGCAAGACUCUGGGCUCCCUCAAGACGUCCACGAGCAACCAGACGCCGUCCUCUCCCAAAGAAGGGCCUUAGAGCUCCCCCUUCAGGCUGCUUGGGCACCGGCGGACAGCCACGUAGGGGGGGAGCGAGAGGAGAAGGAUCUCAUGAACACUAAAUUAAUAACACAACACAGCAAUGCAGUAUUCCCUUUCCAGGAGACUUGUACCCACCCCCCACCCCCUCACUCUGCUGAAGAGCAGGAACCGCUGGCCAAAGGGGCAGGGGGCAGGGGUAGGGGCAGGUUGGCCCAGCACACAGACAGCUAUUCCUGCAUCUCACAUGCUGGUUUGAAACAGGAGGGGAAAAUGAGUCAUAAAUGGAAUUUAAUUUCACCACUUUAGGCGGCUUCACACAACUCCCACUGGUCACAUAACCGUCGAUGAUAUACUGUAAAGCCUCACAUUUCUGUGCACCUAUGUGUUUUUAAGCCCUAAAUUGAUUGACCAUGGCCCCUCACUGAGUUAUAUUAGUCGGGUGUAACAGAGAACCUUUGGUGUUCGACCCACAUCUCUGUAGACCAGUGUACUUGGCAUCACAGCCCCAUCUAGUGGUUUCACAGUGCAACUGCAAAUUGGACAUCGCCAGGUCUUGACUGUAAGUCCAUUGGCACUGUAAAAAUGCAUUUUGCAUGGCUUUCCUCUUGGGUGAGUGAAAUUUAGGGAAGCUCUGUGUUGCCACUGAAAGCUGAUGAGCGUUUGCUUCUAGCCCGAUCUGGACUAAUAGUUCCUGUUACCAGUGAGUGCAGUUUGACAUCUGGUGGCCAACCUGUAUGAGCACAGCACACUCUGAGAGAGCUGCAGGCUUUGGGGGUCUGUUUCCUGUUUGUCAUCCACAGCUUGUCAUUCUGUGUGUGUUCUGCUUUUGCUGCAUUAAAAACAGCUACAAAUAUAAUAGCAGACAUAAACAAAUAUGCAGUGCAAUAUAUUAACAGCACAUAACUGUGGGAUCACUGUAGUCUUAUAUAUGCUUCCACAAAGGGGAUACUGCAUUCAGAAUAAUUUUUUUUGUUUUCUAUAUAUAAAGAUUAAAUAAACAUUGUUCUGUCAUAUAGAAAUAUGUAACUAAUUAUUGAUCAUUUUUAAUCCUGUACAGUCCUAAAAAGGAAACGUAAGAAAAGUGCUUUGUUAUUUUUUACUAUUUUGAAUUUGAAUUUCAUCUUUAUAAAUGUGGACUACUUUAAGCACACUGUAAAUUCUGGUCUGGUUUUAAGAGUCAACUCUUAGCGACAUUCCGACUCCCACUGUUGCAUUCCCGGUUCGAACCGUUUCUCUUGUGCAUUCGCCAAACCCGACCACAACCGCCCCGCCCCACAGAGGAAUGUAGCAUUUCCAUCAUGUUGUAGACACCAUUGUCAUCUAGCAUGCCCAAUGUGUGUCAUAGCCUCCAAAAUGUUGUGUUACCAUCAUUUUGAUUGCCAACAGCAUCUUUUCUGCCUCUGGAAUUAGUCAAUGAGGGCUAUAAGAGGGUUUGAGUGCAUGCGUGUGCAUGCGCCUGUACACACAUGCUCUCAUACUGAGCCAGGAGCUCAUGCAGACUCACACGUGUCCAUACGUCCUCAUAGGCUCCUUUUUUGGAGUAGUGGGGGCCUUGAGUCUCUGUUCAAUUCGGCGUCACAAUUCGGAUUUGCACCACAACCCACCGGUUGUGUUCUGCGCUUUUAUUCCAGUUUUUCUACCCCCCCCCCCCCUUUUUUUUUUGGUUCAAUUUUUAUCUACAGAAAUGGUUCCCCCACAAGGCUGCUGACCCAUGUACAGGCUGUUCAGUGUGAGCUGCGCACAGUAUGGGAACGGAACAGAAACCCUUCACAAACCUAGAGGCACAUGCAAUGCCGCAAGACAUCCCCACCUUCACGUACUCUGCUACCUUUUGCAGUUUGAUGGCCUGGUCCCUUUGGGUUUGGCGUGAUUUCCAUCUUAACAGAAUGAUGCAUGCGUCAAGUUGGAACACUGCAGAAGGGUCUGUUGUAUGAAGAUUAGCUCUAUCGUUCUCUUGCCUCCCUGUCAUGUAGGCCAUUUGAUAUUUGUGACAGCGUGUUUUUUUUUUUUAAGUCAGGUGUUAUGGCCUAGGUGCUUUUUUCAGAAGUGGUUGAUUCAGUAUAGAUUUUAUUCAUUCAUUUUCCAACUUGCAUGUUCCUUAUUUGCACCAACAUUAGCCAGUGACUUCCAUAUCUGACACUAGGUUUUAUGUCAUUUGUAAGUAGUGUGCUUACAGGUUAUACUAAGAACAAAUGUUCUUAUUUUUUAUUUAUAAUAAAAUGCUGCCAAAAUAUAUUCUACAGUACAAUAAAGCAAAACAGGAAUUCUGCUUGACAUUAAGAUUUAAUGAGUGCAAUUCAAUGUGCAUUAUGUGUUACAAUGGUUACUCAAUUAACACAUUUUACCAUGGGAGGGAACUGCCCUGUCCAUGUCCCCCUGAUUUACUAGUGAAUCAGUGACAUGGCCAUGAUCUUGGUUGCUUCCAUUCUGAUGGUCCUCUCUGUACAGUACUUGUCUGACUUACAUGAAUAAACUUCUGUUUCUCUGUA